UCUAGCUGGCAGUAGUAAGAACUGGAAGGCAGGGAAACCAUAUCGUACCCGUUACUUGCUCUCGUUAGCGCGUGUGACCAUUUUAAAUUUGUUGUUAAAAUAAAUGAAAUUCGAAUACAUUCUAGCGAGAAUAUAUGUGAUAAAGACACGGACAACGCGGCAAAAGUACUGAUUGGACAUACAGUUUAUGGACUGCUGUAAAGAUAAUUCUACUAAAUCAAAUUGUGUAAUCCUUUUUAUUCGGAUAACAAAUGAGAAUAAUACGUAGAUGUAUAUGAUACGUUAAUUAAAAGUGUUAUAUACAUUGUAUAAAUUUAGUAUUAUUCAGCCAACAACAUGGGUCAAACGUAGGUUACAAUGAAUGUGUAAAUAACCUUCAACAGUUUUAAAAUGGACAUUUACAUAGUUUAAAUGUUUUCAAAAUACUAUGUAUUUCUUGUUUUCUUCCGAUUAAUGUGCUUCUGAUAAUACCAGCCAUGCUGACAUAAUUCUGAAGAUUUGCGUUUGAACAUGCAUAUUCCGCGAUUGACAACUAAUAACAAGCAUCUUACUGAAAAUGACAUUGAUGCCGUGAAGCACUAAAUGAGUUGAUCCACUAACGAACUCGCCACUAAAUGGUUUAUGAAGUCUCGGCAAAAUGCUUGCCAACACAAACAUAUUCACUGAUAAAGAGACAACUAACUGGUUCAAGGCGUGCAUAGCGCUCAACGUAACGAAAGAUGGUCUUUCUUCGUUUGUUGAAGCCGAGUUACAAAAGAUCCACACAACCGUUGGUAAAAGUUGCGGACAAUGUUCUAUUGAAAAGCUGCUGCCAUGCCCUACAAAUGGUAUAUGUAAAAAGAUAAACGGAAAUACAUGUAUAUUCCACCAGUCACAGCAACGCCAGCAAUGCCCGGUAUGUGAUCAGGUUAAACAAAAUAUCACAUCGUUACAUAGAUUUAAUGGACCUUCGUGGCGUAAUACUCAAGCGAAACGAUGGGCAGCACAGCCGUGGGAAAUCGGUAAAUGCUUCCUCCCUCCAGACGGAUAUAGCGGAGUUUCCUCGGUCCAAGAAUCGGACUUUAACGGCGUUAUAAGCAUAAUGUUGAAUUGUACACAUUUUCAGACGUGUCUUUCUUCCUCAUGUGUAUCGCCUCCACCACCUGAUAAGCAAUGUCCGUUAGAAAAGGUUCGUCAGAUAGGUCGCAAUAUACGUCACACAUCCGACUGUAAAGUGUCAGAUGCUCAUCUACUAGAUUAUUUUCAAACACUGUCAACGCUACUGGCUGAUCCAAAGUGCUUAUUGCAUCAUCCCGCGGCAAACAAAUCGCUCACAAAACUUAAUGAUUUGCAGAACGAUCGCAUGUCAUUAAGUGAACUGGGUGAGUUGUUGAAGGAAGCUGACCGCACCCUCAACCAUGCGAAAGAGGCUGGAGAACGAUUUUCUAAAUCGGCGGAAAGAGCCAUUGCAGAAUGUUUAUAACAACUAUAGUCUUCAUUACAAGCUGGAGAACAACGCAUUGAGAGCCAGAUAGAUAAUGGCAAACAACGUAUAGAAAACACAAUACAGGAUGGGAAACAACGUCUUGAAGUCACGAUUUACGAUAGAGAACAACGCCUUGAAGUCAAGGUACAUGAUGGUGAACAACGAAUUGAAGUCAAGACACAGGAUGGAGAGCAACGUAUAGAAAGCAGUAUAGAUGAUUGCAAACGGCGCAUUGAUGACACAAUACAAGAUGGGGAACGACGCCUUGAAGUCAAGAUAAAGGAGGGAGAACAACGCAUAAUGCGGACAGACAGUGACCAGGCGGAUAAAGACUACACACGCGGAACAGAAGAAAUUCUCAGAUGUUUGAUUGAACAUUACGAUAAAACACUGCGUCACUUGCCAACCUCGCCAUUAAACGACUGGAUUCAAGCACGUUUAGACGAUGUUUAUAUUCCUCCUUGCAUGCUACUGAUGGAAAAAUACAAAGGGUCAUUCAAAAAAACGAAUACACACGUUACAGAAUACAAAGCUGUGUUAAAUAACCAGACUUUUAUUCAAGGUGAGGCAGGGUCGGGUAAGACCUCUUUCCUUGCAAAAUUAGUCAUGGAUUGGUGUAGUAUUACAAAAACACAACAAACAAGCGAACCGUUGAUGGCGAAAGAAACUCAUUAUGCUGCUCCUGAAACGCGAACGAGAAACUCAACCUUUUUUGACGAUUUAACGACUUUAAAAGGUUACCAGUUUGUCUUCUACAUCACGCUGAGGAAUUCUGUUAAGCAACUUGAAGUUUUAGAGAUGAUAAAAGAACAGAUAAUUGACGAGAUAUACUCAUCAAAGGAAGAUCGUGAGAGAGCAUAUCGACUAGUGAAUGAUAUAAUAAAAAAUGAACGUUGCUUGGUCCUACUUGAUGGUCUAGAUGAGUGGAAACGUCCUGGAGAUCGCCAACACCUACCGACAUUGGUAGCAAUUUACACCCAGUGUGAUCUAGUAAUUACGACUCGACCUUGGAAGUUGGCUGAAGCGAAAAUCCCUGACUCAAAGAUAAAAACAUUACUGCUUCUUGAAGGAGUACAUGAACCUUUUGAUGUGAGCCUAAGAAUCUUGCGUUGUAGGAACGAUUGCACAAAUAGCAAUGGUGUGGACAAUAAACAUUCUGAAUUUGAAGCAUAUGUUUUAAGAAAUAACCUUCGUGACUUACUAGCCUCCCCGAUGUUGAUUACUUUAAUUGUACAAACAUGGGCAGAAGGGACAGAACUCAAGGGCAAAAGGUGUCAAAUAUACAGUAUUUUACUCGAAAGUCUUUUUAAAAAGGCUAACAGUGAAGAAGACCAUUUUUAUGAAACACCUUUCCAAUGCUUUAAAGGGACGCAAUACAUAAAGCCUAACAUCGAACACUUAAAUCGUUUUUCUGAAGCGGCAUUUCAUUUAUUGUUUUCAGAAGAAAGGGAAAAUUAUCUUGUAUUUGGCAUAGAGCAAUUAAAACAAUACAAGUUAAAUGAACGAAAAGACUUUGCAAUGAGAGCAGGCAUUUUAUCAGCAGCACGAAAGGCAUCUACAUUGAGAUCAUCUUCGUCAUUUUCUUUCGUCCAUAAAAGCGUACAAGAAUUCCUAGCUGCCUAUUAUAUCGCCUGCUACAGUCAUGUCAUUGAUGAAGUCAUUUCCGUAUAUCUGAUAAACCACGAGAAUUCCUAUCUGGAUAUAUCUGAAGUUCUGAUAUUUUUAUGUGGACUCGAUAUAUCAGCAGCGAAUAAACUAUCGAUUUUGAUGAAUAAGGCUGCUUGUGAAUGCCUCGUUUCUCUCGAACGUUUUCAAGAUAUCAUUUUGAAAGGUUACAUGGAGGCGGUGGCCAACGAGUACGAUGACGUACGUCUUGAACUCAGUCACUUUUUCAUUGAUAGCCAGAAUAUUAAAGACUUACAUAAUAUCUGGGCGAGAAACAUCCCUACUGUUAGGUGUGUUACAUUGGAGCUUGAAGAUGAUUGCAUAGAUUGUUAUACAGAGCUUGAGAGUGAGUGCAUCAAGAAUUAUACAAAGCUUGAAAGUGAUUACAUCGAGAGUGAUACAGAGCUUGAAGAUGAUUGCAUCGAGAGAAAAACAGAGCUUGAAAGGGAUUGCAUCGAAAUUCCUACAGAGGUUGAAGAUGAUUGCACCGAGAGUCCAACCCAAGACAUGCAGAGUUCUAUCGCAAGUAGCAAGAUAGCAUCUCGAAUUGAGUUUGAUCUAACGUCGUGCGAUAAACUGAAAGAAAUAUACAUCAAUGGUGAAUCAUUUGAGGUUUUAAUCAAAGACUCUAUCAGUUUGAACGCAUCAACAUUUCCGAACUGGAUUGUUCUGCAUUGUGAAGACUCUUCACCAGUGCUGUCCUGUUUAACACGCAUUGAAUUGAAACGUGUCACAGUGUGCUCUACAUGGAUGCAAAAACUAUUCAAUACGCAGUUAACACUUGAUCACGAGGUAAAUUUUAAGCUGCACGAGUGUAUAAUAAUACCAUCCGUAGGCGACGAACUCAGCCCAUUUAGUGACGCAUCAAUAACGACAUGCGUAAACAAUACGUUUGACAUUUGCGAUCUUUCAGGCGAGUGUCCUGGUUUGUGGGAAACACUAUUUGAUCUGAAUAUUAAGACUCUGAGUCUUUUUACUGAUUCAAUGUGGAGAGUGAAUUACACAUCAUCUUUGUCACAAUCUCUGUUAUCGCUCAAACAGCUGGAAACGCUAAGUAUUCACGUAGAUGCAAUCCCACACGAUCUGUGGUCGGUUCUUUACAGUUUGAGUUUGAAGCGUGUGGCUGUAAGUCUGAGUGGUGAAUUUAAAGGUCUGAUAAUUGGUCAUGCUGAUAUGUUGUCGCAGCUGAAUUUUCCUGCCCAUGUGUUUGACUCGAUUUAUAUAGACGUGACUUCCCAUCCGGAUCUGUUAGCGGCUAUGCAUGGCCUGAAUAUUACGAGUCUCAGUCUUUUUUGCAGCGGGGAAAGUUUGACAGCGAAUCAGACAGCACUGUUGUUGACGAUGCUCAAGUCUCUCAAGAAACUUUACCAAGUAAGUAUAGACGUGAAAAACGACAGUCGCGGGCUGUGGGAGGCUUUGCACGGGAUACAUAUACAGUGCCUUAAUAUAGGACUGCAAUGCCGAUGUUUUAAAGUGAAUCAUGUUGCGUCUUUGUUGACGUCGCUUUCGUCGCUCGAACAACUUGAGAUGAUAAGGUUGUACGUAAUAAAUGACAUAGAUGUUGUGUCGGAGAUCCUACAUAGUCUAAAAAUCAAAAGUCUAUCACUUGUACAAAAGAGUUCGAUAUAUUUCGGACGUUUGGAUUGUUCAUUUAUUUUUCACGCCCCAAACAGUCUGAAUGAAAGGAGUAUCAUUAUAACAUUGUAUUUUGAUUUUGACAAGUUGGAAGUGACUCUACAAUCUUUGUUUCAAUUAUUUUCGUCUCUCGAAGUCUUAUGUUUUAUGGAAGUCUUUCCGGUGUCUUAA